AUGACAGCCUUUUCUCUGUCAUCCUAUGGUGUAACUCAUGGCCUGGACUUGGAUGAUCUCUCCCAGGCUGAUUUGACAUACCUCUAUAAUAACCUGGCUAUAUCCAGUUAUCUGUCCCCUGACAUGUGUAACAGGACAAAAUGCCCAGUUGCUGCAAUCCUUGCAAAACUGCCCAAUGAAGUGAAUUGUCUCAUUACUUCGAGUUGCACCAGCAUAAGCUGUUGUAUGGAAGUGACAAAGUUGAUGUCCCGCCCUGUGACCUUUCACCUUUCUGUGGACAGUUGUAGUUGGAUGAUUGGUUAUGGGAUUGACAGCUUCAUUGUAAAUCCAUUUGUCAUGUAUGAUUUUGAAUUUGAUGUUUGGCAUGAGUUCUGGAUGAAGGGAAUAUUUCGUAUGAGAUUCUUGGUCACCAAUCUACAAGGAAUAAAUCAAUUCAGAAUAAGUCUGUCCAUCAUAGCUUGUUUGGAGAGGGGGGCUGCAUGUGAUCAAGAGGUUGUCAUACUCAACAAUACAAUUUUGCCCAAAGGAUACUGUGAAAAGGCUCUUGGGACAUCUGUUGAAGAAUUUUCAUUUGGACAAUGGAAAGCAGACAAGAAGGUUACAACAAUGAAUGAAUACAACAUAGCUAUCUUGGAGGAGGAACUAAGAAUUUUUGGAUAUUUAUACAACAGAACUCAAGCUUGUGAUAAAUCGACCAAAUUGUCAUUUUUAUCAGGAUGGUCUAAUGACUGCCCAACAACUUUGAUGUCAACUCUACCAUACAUUAAUGGUCCAUAUUCAUGUAAUCUUGGACCGUCCUGUUCCGAGAUCACUUGCUGUGUGAAUGCUGAGCCAAUCUCAAGACACCUAACAGUUGCAGUGAAUUUGGAGUUCUGUCUGGACAAAGUUACAGUUGCUGUUGAUAAAUUUGUACUUGAAAUGAGAGUCAACAAACUUGUCUCUUCAGGAAAAGAAGAAUCUCUGAAUAUAAGUGGAAUUUACCAGUUAAAAAUAUUUGUGGAAGAUCUUCCAAACUCCAACAUAUACAUAGUCAGUUUCUCCAUCACGGCAUGCUGGGAAGGAAUACAUUCAUGUGAGAUGUACACAAUUCUUGAUAACACCAGACUUCCUAAGUCUCUAUCUCAGCCAUACUGUAACUGGAAAGGAGAAUAUGUAGACUCAGCUUUUGAUGUGACAUCCUGGUUAUCAGCUAAAGGAUACCCUGACACCUCCCCAUUGACUGGUGUUCCAUUACAGGAUCUAAUGGAACAUCUUAAGCUUAACAGACUCAAGGGAGAAGGCUGUGAUAACUCUUCAACUCUUUACAUGCCACAGAAAAUCACUGGAUGGAACUAUAGUAUUUAA